GCCACAGUCAGACACACGUGGUUUCAUCCAUCCAUUAACGUUACCUUUUACACUUGAAAUAUUGUUACUAAAAGGAGCGAUUAGAAAUGCAAUUGGAUAUACAAAAAUGGAUGAUGAUUAAUUUAAGAUUUUUCUUUAUUUUUGCGUUAGUUGUUAAUUUACAUUCUGUGAAAAGCCAGUGUGCAAGUGAACAUAAUAUAGGUGAACCAAAAACAAAGGAUGAAGAUAAAUCUGAUUAUAGUAAAGAAACAGUGAAUGCAGUCCUAAAUUUAAAAGCCCAAUACCAAUUCCAAUGCUGUGGUUUUAUAAAAGCAUGGGAAAUAUUUGUCAGCAAAGAUUCCGUGGCAGGACGAAAUGUUAAAGUACAAGUUUGGUACAAGGAUGUUGCAGGGAAUGAUUGGAAUUUGCGAGGGGAAAAUAUUAUUGAAGGAACCAAUGUCAAACAGGUAAAUGUGAAAGAAAUAUCAACAGGAUUUAGAAUACGUCCCUUUUUUGGCGAUUAUAUUGCAUUCUAUGAAUAUGCUGGAUCUGUUAUAACAUACGAUGAUGGUGGUGGCACCGGUGAUUACAAAAUAGCUACCUUUACAUCAGAUCACACAACUUUUGACUGGGAUUCAGUAGGUGUCAGCAACAAUAGAGACCAUGCCAUUCACGCCAGAGUCACUCCAAGUAUAGCACCAACUUUCACUAACCUGGAUGAUACUGUUGCCAUAAGUAACAAUGACGUAGCCGGAACUGUUGUGUUUAGCCUGGCUACCAUUGACACUGAUCCUGAAGAUGUUGGACUAUUAACCAUAGCAGCUCCAACAAGCCCUGAUUCUGCGUUAACUUACUUUGAACUCGACCAUAUAACUUUGGAAGUUAAAAUUAAGUCUGGUGUUUCCCUGGUCCCUGGAGAUCAUUUGAUGGAAUUCACUGUAAGUGAUCUAUGUUCGAAAUCGUCGUCCAGCAUUCUGACGAUACGGGUUGAGAAUGAUCCACCAGUUAUUACAAGUUUGUCUACCAGUAGUUCAACCACUAUAUCUGAGGACUUAUCAUCAGAGACCUUACUACAUACUCUGAUCGUCACGGACACACAGCCUACAACCUGUAGACUGUUGUCUACCGGAGUUCCAUUUGUAAUCAAACGUAUUUCUGGCAGUACAACUUUUAUCAUGUUUUCUGCAGAUUAUGGCAUAUUUUUAUCGACCGGUGCAUCCUUAGAUUACGAAGCACAGAAUGCAUAUGUCCUAGACUUAUCUUGCACUGAUAAUUAUGAUGACACAGCGGGCAUUUAUACUGUCUACCUUAUACAGAAUGAGCCUCCGUCAAUAAACGGACUUCCCAGAGCUACAGAUAUACAAGAGGACGUGAUAGUAGAGACAACGCUGUACACAUUUUCUGUGACGGACCCAGAAAACACUGUCGUUACAUGUUCUGUCACAGCAAUUACUCCAACUACAAAUAUAAUUUUUAUGAAGCCAUCUACAAACUUUAAUGAAUUUGAUAUAAUUUUGCAAUCGAACCCUAGCCUUCGAUACGAUCUUAUAAGAACGUACAGAAUCGAUAUUCAGUGUAAUGAUGGUCGACGCUCCGAUUCCAGUGUCUUCUUCAUGAACAUUUUACGUAACAAGCCACCUGUAUUUUUGAACCUUCAAAAUAUAACCUCAGUAUCGAGUAUUGCAACUUAUAUAGGACAAAUUGUCUUCGACGUUGAUAUUACUGACCCGGAAAAUGACCAGGUGGAGUUCUCGAUGUUUUGUGUACCAUCAGCCAACUGUCCAUUUGAAAUAUAUCACUCUGGAGAAAUAGUGCUCAAGCGGUCCAUUGAAGGUGAAUUUAUACCAGCCUAUGACUUAUACGUUUAUGUAACCGACGGAAAGUCGACAACUGGACCUAGAUCAUUGACAGUCCAUGUGUUAGAUAUAAACUACGUCCCUGUUAUAAGGAAUCUACCACUACCGUCUGCCUUAGUAGUGUCCGAAAAUUCCGCUCUAGGUUUGAGUAUAUUCCAAGUAUCCAUACAAGACAAUGAUGGUGCAGAUACACACACAUACACAAUGACGUCAUCCCCCUCUGAUGGAGUAUUGUACUUCGAUAUCAAUUCUGCAAAUGGCCUUGUUAGUACAUCUGCAUCAACAAAUAUCAAUUUCGAGGGCGUAUCAUCAACAUCCUUUACUUUUACAAUAACAGUUACGGACACAAAAGAUUCGGCAUCUCAGAAUCUAUCUAUAAGUAUAGCAAAUCAAAACGAGGCUCCGGUGUUUACAAAGAAAGCAUACGCACUAAGUGUUGAUGAAGGUGUGGCUGGUACUACUUUAGCUGACCCUAGUUACCUCUACCAAGAUGGGGAUAACGGUGACACUCAUACGUUUUCCAUGACCUGUGCAUCAAAUGUUGGAUAUUUUGCGAUAGCUCCAGCAACAGGAUUAAUCACUCUGGCUACUGAUAUUGAUGUUGAUGCUGCCGGUUCUGCUACAUCCUUUACUUGUACAUUGGUUGUGUCAGAUGGUUCUUUUACCGACAGUGCAUCUUUAACCAUAACCGUUAAUAAUAUCAAUGACAAUACUCCAAGGUUUUCGAACAAUCUGUUUACCUACUACUUGGAUAUCAAUUACCCUCUUAACACUGCCUUUGGUUCGACGGUUGCAACUGAUGCCGAUACUGGAACAUUUGGAAAUUUUAUUUACAGCAUUGACCAAACGUCUCUAGGAACAGAAACAUUUGGAAUUCAAACAAAUGGAGAUUUGUACUUAAAGAAUUCUUUAACAAGUUACGGUUAUGGUUCUAGUAUUAGUUUUACCGUUCAGGCAACAGAUACCGGAAGUCUUCAAGGGACAUCAACAAUUUUUAUCGUCAUACCACAAACUACAACAACGACCACAACAACAACAGACAGACCUAUCACAUUUUGGGAAUAUCCUGCUAAUCCAGCGUGGGUAAUUGUUGCGGGUAUUCUUGGACUUAUAAUCAUGGUGUUGCCUUGCUAUAUGUGUUACAAAAACGGGUUUUCUUGUACAUGGAGAGGAAGACCAGGUGACUACCGAGAAAGGAUUCAAGAAUCCUCUGAAAUACGUAAUACCCAAAAUAACAACACAAAAGGGAAUGGUUUAAGUCCUACUUGGAAAGCGUGGAAAUGGUAUGAACAGCAGUAAAUGGAAUAAAGGAAGAAGAAAGACAAUGAUCGUUUUAUGUUUUUAUUUACAAGACAACAAAAUAUCUAUACAACAUUCUAUGCAUAUUUCCCAACCAUAAUUUUAUAUACAUAAUGUGUUUUAUGUUCCUCUGUUAUGAAACAAUUUACGAACAGCAUAUAAUAUAGAAAUUCAAAAUAUAACAUGCAUAUAUCAGUUACAAUAGUCCAUUUGCCAAUUACCGAUUUGUUGUGUUAUAACCACUUUAAAUACCAAUUGCUUCCCUUAGUCAAUCGUAGUGUUGUUCUUUACCAGACAAAAUUGGCGUCUGCGUACGCAAAGCAUGAUAAGUGGAAGUGAAAUGUCGGCGUUUUAACCAACUUUUAGUGAAAAAUGUAUGCUGGUAUCAGAAGUGUUUAGCUUAACAAAAAAUGAUUUGAAAAGCUCAGAUGUAACACGCAAAGAUAAAUUUGUUCUUUCCGCUAUUUCUCCAUUGUUGAUAAAAAUGUAUGUCCCCUCCUAAGGGGGACAACUAAAAAUCGACUUAGUAUUACAGGAUUAAUUACGGAAAUUGCCAAUUAGACUAUUGAAAUGUCUAAUGUCAUACAACUGUCAAUAUAUCAAAUUAUGUGCUACAUAUUUCUAUUUCUAUUUUGAUGCUAAAAUGUUAAAGAUCAAAAGGGUAAUUUUGUCAUUGUCUGUAAUAGUAAAUGAAACUUUGAAUAAUUGCAUUUCGUAAUAGUCAACAUUUC